AACGAGUAUUAUCGGAACUAACCAUGAUCAAAUAUAUCACCCUGUUUAUAUUUUUUGGAAUAAUUUCCACGGAGAAUGCAUCGGCUUUAGAUAAUUAUGGGACAGUACUGACCGAGCAAAUGAAUCGAUAUUGCGAAACGUAUAUGUGUCAAGAUACCGACCAUACAUCGGCAAGACAACAGAGAGGGCCGCGGGUUGGAAAAACUGGGCCAAAGGGCCCACCUGGACUACCCGGAAUAGUCGCUGCCCGUGGACCUACUGGAAGCGUCGGUCCUCGAGGGGUCAAAGGUCAGCCCGGGGUUUCUGGGCCACCAGGCGAAGUGAACUACACCAGAAUCGAAGAGAUAGUUGGGGAGGAAAUAAGAAAGUAUCUUCUUCCUAACAAAGAUUGCAGCAAUUUCGAUACGAAUGAAAUGGCUUUGCUUCAGAACGAUACGGGCGGUGUGUUCGAAAUUAACUCAUAUAAGCUGGCACAUCGACUAAAGGUUUAUUGCGACAUAGAAACAGAUGGAGGAAAAUGGAUGGUUUUCCAGCGAAGGUCUAACGGAAUGCUCGAUUUCGUCUCGUAUAACUGGAUUGAAUACGUAGAAGGAUUUGGAAAUCCAGCGAGAGAAUAUUGGAUGGGAUUGGAGAAUCUACAUCGAUUAACAUCAGACGGUGACUUUGAACUCAGAAUUGAUUUGGAAGAUUGGGAGGGAAAUAAACGCUACGCCAAGUAUUCGUCGUUUUCCAUCGGAUCCGCUUCUACAAAAUAUCAACUCAAUGUUGGAGGAUAUUCAGGAAAUGCUGGGGAUUCACUAAAUUGGCAUAACGCAAUGAAGUUUACGACAAAGGAUCAGGACAAUGAUAAGUAUAGUGGCAACUGUGCAAGUAUUCGUGGCAGUGGUGGAUGGUGGUUCAAUAUUUGCCUUUACUCAAACCUCAACGGUAAAUAUAACAGUGGAGCUCAGACUAGUAGACACCAAGUAGGAGUCAUCUGGAAACACUGGAAGGGAUGGGAUUACUCACUGAAGUUCACAGAAAUGAAAUUUCGUCCGAGAAUGUAAUAAUGUCAAAACCAAGGCUGUGGAGUUAGAGUAGAGUGUUCAAAAUUUUCCUAAAUCGGAGUUGCAAUUUUGAACAAAAAUUUAAUUACUAUAUCAAACUUAUCCUGCAAAAAGUCGUUUUCCCAAUUUUUUAAGUCAAAAUACAAAAUUCCAAAUUUUACCAGGUACUUAUUUGAAGUCAGAAGCCAAAAUUUUCCAAGUCCUUAAUUUCAAAUUUUUCUCAUUUUAAUAAUAUAUUCAGAUUCAGAAUUCGUUUUUCAAUAUCUCGAACUCCGACUCCACAGCCUUUGGUAAAAUGUAAAUAUAUUUUCAUUUCACAAAAUCAACCUUUCAAUGACUUUUCAUCUGAUCAACCUAGAUAGAGUUUCUAUUUUUAAUACAUUAAUAUAACAAAUACCUGAACCAAUCAAACCAUUCCGUCAAUAUUCUAAAUAUCCGUUUAGUCUUGUAUGAAUACAUGUAGAAUUAUUUUCUGUUUCGGACCUUUAAAUGG